ACAGCAUAGUUUAGAAAAAAUGAAGAAAAACUAACAAUAUUCGCUUUAUUUAUGGAAAAAGUAUUAAUCGAAAUAAUCUUCUUCUUUCAGAAAAGGGUGAACGAAUCGUUAGAUGAGCGUUACUUGUUUUUAUUUUCGAUGAAAUUUUCAAAAUUUUUAUUUGACGAAAAAGAAGUACUAUAUUUGAGUGAAUCGACUUCUUCUGAAAGCUUUUCUUUGUACUGGACAUCCUUAAUAUAUGACCCCUAAUACCUGCUGUAUCUCCAAUGUAUUUUAUAUAUUUUAUAUCUCCUAUAAUUCAUAUAUCCCCACCGCAACGCAUACAACCUGCAAAAAAGUAAAAGUUCUUUUUCAUUGGCCAGGUUUUCGACAAGAGGAUGCUCGAAUAAAAACUCCAUCCCAGAUUCAAACUCCCAGUCCUCGAUAACUGGUCACAAAUUUUCACCAAACCGCGCAAAACGCGAAAAGUAGAGAAGCUUGUUCCUGAUUGGUCGAACUCCUAACCAAUGAAAACUUAGAUAAAAAACUCGACCUCACAUUCGCAUUCCUCGCCCAUGAUAGCCUAUAGCAAAGUUUUCUCAAAAUGGUUGAAAAUCCGAACAAUAGAAAAGCUCGUUUCUGACUGAUUCGUUUCUCGACCAAUGAAAGCUCAGAUAAAAAAUCCGACCUGCAAUUCGGACCUGUCACCCCAAUAAUCUAUCGCAAAAGUUUCACCAGAAUGGUCGAAAACCCAAAGAACAGAAAAGUCCGUUUCUGACUGGCCCGUUUUCUGACCAAUGAAAGCUCAGAGAAAAAAAUCCGACCUAAGAUUCGGAUUUCUCACCCUCAAUAACCUAUAGCAAAGUUUCGUCAGAAUGGUCGAAAACUCGAUGAAUAGAAAAGAUCGUUUCUGAUUGGUCAAAAAACCGACCAAUAAAAGCUCAGGUCAAAAAUGCGACCUCGGAUUCGGAUUUCUUGCCCCCGAUAACCUGUAGCAUAGUUUCAUCAGAAUGAUCAAAAAACUAAAAAUAGAAAAGCUCGUUUCUGAUUGGUUUGGCCAGACAGACAAACGUAGCAACAUUUUUCGAAUUUAAGACCCUUUCUUUCAGAAAAGGGAAUAUGAUGCAUAUAUGUUUCAUAUUUUUUAGUGGAUUUAUUCUAUAUGAAAACUUGUUCGUUUCGAGGAGCUCAACCUCCAUCUAAUAUAGAAGGUCUAUUUUGUGGAAGAGAUGAACCUCAAGCAAGAUAUUCAUUGGUUCCAUGUGAUAAUCUUUUUUGUCAAUGUUGUCUUCCAUUAAAUACUUACAAGAAAAGUCAACCAUGGCCAAUUGUUAAUUUUGUUUCAAGUUCAAUACAUCGAUUUCUCAAUGGUUAUACUACCUAUCUCAAUUGUCCAGCAACACGUACUACAUCGAAUAUAAUUUAUGCCAUGACAUGUCCAUGUGGUCAUUAUGAUUAUGUUGAUUCAAUAGCAAAAACAUUGGCUGAUGCUAUGGCUUAUCAUCGAGAACAUGGCAAUCGAAUUAUACAUGAAAAAUUAACUGGUAGUCCUCUAUUUCGAGGAUCACAAAUCGAUCCUAAUGAAAGAGAAAAAGAAAUGGCUAAUCAAAUGCGUCUCUAUCAACAUUCAGCUCGUUGUCCAGAAGCACUUCGUUCAUUUCUUGAUUGUAAUCCUAUGUAUUGGUGUUUUAUUUCUCUACCUUGGGAUGAAGCAGUAACGGAAAAUGUUGCUAAUCGACCAGGAACUUCUACUACAGAUCCCAAUCUGGAUACUGUGAUAGCAACAACUGCCGUAGACAAUCGUAGGGUGACCAGUUAUCUAGAUAAUGUACCAUUACCACCAACUUCCUAUGCCUUCUCAUUUCGACAGAUUUGUAUAACAUAG